AUGAGUGAAAGGAAGUCGCACGAGUUUCCACAGUUGAAACUCGAAUCGAUAAUCGGUUUUAAUGGACGGAGCCCAAGUGGUUUAAUUGUCCAUCCUGACCGUGAACACAUUGUCUACCAUCUUGGCUAUGUGGUCAUCGUAGAGAAUAUUAAUACACAGGAGCAGACUCUUCUGUCUGGCCACCACAAUGAUGUUAGUUGUCUCACUGUGUCCAAAUCUGGACGCUACUUGGCCUCAGGACAAAUCAUCUACAUGGGCUUCAAGGCAGAUAUAAUUGUAUGGAAUUAUGAAACAAAAGACAUACACUGUCGCUUCACACUUCACAAAGUCAAAGUUCAAGCUUUGGAUAUUUCGCCAAAUGACAAGUAUUUGUUGUCCUUAGGUGGGCAAGAUGAUGGCAGUGUUGUGCUUUGGAACAUUUCAGCAAAGGAAGCCAUUUGUGGAUCCCCUGCCCAAGCAGUUACUGCAGGAGUGACACUUUGUGGCAAAUUUGCCAAUACAUCUGACUUAUUAUUCAUGACAGGAGGAGAAUACUGUUUAAGGAUUUGGGAUGUUGAUCUGAAAAACCGAAAAGUUCGACCAACAGAAGUGAAUCUGGGACCUUACAAAAGAAUUGUUCAGUGCAUUGCUGUUGAAGAGGACGAUUCCUAUUUUUACUGUGGAACUACGACAGGUGACAUUUUGUGUGUGACGAUGAAAACCUCAACGCUUAAUGUAAUUGGGCCUCAGAAGAAAAUGUUUUCUAGGGGAGUUCAGAGUUUGAUACUUGUAAAAACUGGAGGUCACCUUGAGUUGCUUGUCGGAGCAGGUGAUGGCACUGUGGCAAUUGUGAAGGACAAAAGCACCAAAUUUCAAAGGACCAAAAAUUCCCACAAACUCAAAGGCAGCAUUAUGUCCUUAUCUCUUCGAGGAGCAGGGCAUCAAUUUUUUGUUGGUACCGACACAUCCAAUAUGUACAGAUUUAACUACAUGGAAUUCACAUGCAAACUUCUCAACACAGGACAUUCAUCUGCUGUCAAUGAUAUCAUAUUUCCUGCUGGUGUUCCAAAAUUGUUUCUCACUUGUGGAGCAGAACAAAUUCGUGUUUGGCACACUCCCUCACAGAAGGAAUUACUUCGAAUUGUAGUGAAUAACAUGACAUGCAAUGCUUUAGAUAUUGCUAAAGAUGGAUCAGUUAUUGUGAGUGCUUGGAAUGAUGGACGCAUCCGAGGUUACUACCCAGAGAGUGGCAAAAUAAUGUACCAAAUAGAAAAUGCACACAAUCGUGGAGUGACGUCUAUCGCAUUCAUGUCUGAUGCCAAACGUAUCGUUAGUGGUGGGGGAGAAGGUCAGGUUAGAGUGUGGGAGGUGAGUACAGGCUACACUCACAAGAAAGAUGUAAUCAAAACAGGACUUGUUGAAUCCAUGAAAGAACACAAGGGUUGCGUCACUCAAAUCAAGGUCUUCCCCACUGACCAGCAUUGCGUAUCAGUCAGCACAGAUGGCACUUGUAUCAUUUGGAACUUGGAAAAAUUCCAACGUGAUGCUGUAUUAUUUGCAAACACAUUGUUCCAAUGUGCCUGCAUCCACCCUGAUUGCUGUCAGAUAUUAACCAGUGGAACAGAUCGAAAUGUGGCUUAUUGGGAAGUUGUUGAUGGUCUGCAGAUCCGGUCACUGGAAGGGGCCAAAUCAGGAUCUAUCAAUGCUCUGGAUAUUUCUGCAGAUGGGAAAUACUUCAUUACUGGUGGAGAUGAUCAUCUUCUCAAGAUGUGGAAUUAUGAUGAAGGCAAUGUGAUUUUUGUGGGAAUUGGACAUGGAGGUAGCAUCAAGCGAGUCAAAAUCAGCCCAGAUCAAAAAUUUAUCAUCAGUGUUGGAGAAGAUGGUGCCAUCUUACACUGGGCAUAUCCAAUCAAAAGUGAAUCUUAA